AUGGCGGCAAGAGCGAGAGCGGUGGCCGCCAUGUCCAGCAGCAGCAGCGUCCUCCUGGCCGCGGCGGUGGCACUGGCGCUGCUGGUGGCGUCGGCGACGGCGCAGUCCGGGUGCACGUCUGUGCUGAUCGGCCUGUACCCAUGCAUGAACUACAUCAGCGGCAGCGGCACGGCCCCGACCAAGUCUUGCUGCUCGCAGCUCGCCUCCGUGGUGCAGUCCCAGCUGCAGUGCCUUUGCAGCGCGCUCGGCGGUGACUCGUCGUCGCUCGGUGGCAUCACCAUCAACAAGACCCGCGCGCUCGAGCUCCCCAAUGCCUGCAACGUGCAGACCCCGCCGGCGAGCAAGUGCAACGGCGCUGGUGGUGGCAGUGCUCCUGGUGCCAGUGCCAACACGCCGACCACCCCGGCCGUAGAGACACCGGCCGGCUUGGGAUCGAAGACGACGCCGUCGGCGUAUCUGCAGGGGAGCGGCGGCUCGUCGCUCCAUGGCCCGGCGGGUAUGGUGUUGGCGCUCGCGGUCGCUGCGGUGUACGCCGUGUCGGCCGUGCGAGCGUCUCGGCUACUGGACUGGAGCGCUUGCUUCCCGGUGAUUCAGAAAUAUGUUUUUUUUGUGGUACUAUUUGAGUUUCCUAUUGGUUUAUCAUUGGGUACUGGGGAGUACUGA